AUGGCGAUUGGCCCCUUAGGACGAAUUGUUGUGCAGUUCGUCGCAGUCGCGGGGGCCUCUCUAGGCCGAGCGGUGCUGCAGGCUUACAAGGAUGCAGCGCGCCAGGGUGCUGCUGCAGCAGCGGGGAGCGGGGGCGGCGGCCGUUCUGGUGCUGCUGCUGCGUUGACGCUGCGGCCCCGGAUGACGGUAGAUGAAGCCAGAAGAAUUUUGGGUGUCAGUGGCAGCAGCACGAGCCGCGAAGAUAUCAUAAAGCGUUUCGAGCGGCUGCAUCAGCUCAACGCCCCAGCUGAGGGCUUCGCUGGCUCCCCCUAUCUACAGAAGCGGGUCUCAGUUGCUAGGACUAUACUGCUGGAGGAGUGUGCGAAGCAAGCGAAUGCAGCAGCAGCAGCAGCUGCUGCUGCUGCUGCUGCUGCUGACGCGAAAAAAGGAGAUGCAAAAAAGAAAUAA